AUAUGACACGGUGACAAGCCAAGAAAGGAAGCGAGCUCUCCACUCAAGACUCCAGUGAAUGCAGUGCAGUAAAGGAGUAUCAUCGACUAGCUCGUCCGCCGCUGGCCUCCCCUCCCCUCCCUCGCCCCGUUCCUCCAGUUCCCCUCCCCUUCCUUAGCGUAGGCACGCGCGCAGCUUGGCGCGGCGGCCGACGGCCGACGGCCAGCGCGCAAGGCCGGAAGGGCAGGAGCCUCCAUACAUUCGUUGUGCAUAGUGUUGCUUUGGAAUAGAUACUCUGUUCACUGGACCAGAAGGUGGUGGAACUUCUUUCUUGGAUCCGUUAAAGCAAUGGGAUUGUCAAGUAACUGUGCUAAGACAAUCAAGAUCCAGCAGUGUGUGAAAUUGCCUGAUUCCAAAUAUCUUCACAUCAACGAUGAGCUCGCUGGGUGCUUUGGUACCGAAGAUCAUGGCGACGGGCGGACGGCCCUCGUUCUCAGUCCGUUCGGCAAGAAUGUCUGGCCUGUCAAGGUCGACCGAGACGCCAAAGGGGCAUUCCUGGGUGAUGGGUGGCCACAGUUUGUUGCCGCGCACGGUAUCGGCGUUGGCUGGUACUUGGUGAUCCGGCAUGAAGGGUGCGGCGUGCUCACUCUAAAGGCGUUCGACGCCAGCUUUGUCAUUAAAGAGUUCGGCCUGACUAUCACUGUUUUGAGCCCAGCCGAGAUUGAGAACGCCUUUGCUCGUAAGCCACAGUUCAUCGUGCCACUCCAGAGAAGUUUCAUGGAAAAGAUGCCUAUUCCUCCCGAGUUUCUGCAACGAGGAUACAUCUCGGAAGAAGACCUGAACAGACCGAGACCGAUCGCCACUUUUUUAACAUCCUGGCAUAUCGAGCUCAAGAAGGAUGGCCCGAAUGUCUUCUUCACUGGUUCUGAAUGGCCAAAGUUUCUGGCCUACUUUGAAAUUGCUGAAACUGAUGUCCUGCUGAUCAAGUAUCAGGGGUGCAUGAACUUCUCAUUCGAGACCUUCCAAAAUGGGAAUAAUGAGCACAUCGAGGAAAAAACAAGCUCGUCUCAGCAAAGCGAGCAAUCACCUGCAGCACAAUGCCAAGAGGAAGAACAUGUUUCCACUCGGAGAAGGACACAAAACAAUGGCAAAACACCUGGAGCACAAAGCCAAGAGGAAGAACAUGUUUGCAGCCGGAAAAGGAAACAAAGCGAAGUCAAAAGCAUGCUAGACGGAUCCACAACUUCACAGCACCGAAAGAAGGCUCUCUGCGAGCUUGGGUCGACGGGGUCGCAGGCUUGGUUAAGGAAGGAGAUCAACGAACUCGCGCUUAAAAGAUAUCUUCAUUUUCCAGCGCGCUUUGGAUUCCUGGAGCGUUGCAAGAUCACGCUCAAGUCCGUGGAGAGGAACAAGUCUUGGGAGGUGGAAGGUGUCAACUACCAUCCAGGCACCAGCAGGUCCUAUAAUUGUCUUACGAGAGGCUGGAAGGCCUUCUGUAAGGAGAACGAGCUCAAGGCAGGAGACAUCUGCACCUUCAAAGUCGUCAACAGCACGCUGUGGCAUGUUGUCAUCGACCACUGCUAGAAAUACGGUUCAUAGAUGAUCAUGGCUGAUGGCGGACCUGCUGGUUUUGCAAACCUAAGUAGUAUCAUGAUGAAUAUUGUGGUGACAUGAUAAUCCACAGCUGGUGUUGGUUUCUGGCUUUUGGACAUGAUAACCUGCUAGGAGUUUGUGUUCCAUGACUUGUGAUUAGGUGGUUGGCUUGUCAAGGCAUGAUAUUUAACCUGCUAGGAGUUGGUUUUAUCGCUGUAAUGCAGCAGUGCGCUAUAUUUAUUGUUUAGCCUCAGUGCUCCUAUUAGUCUAUUAUUACUCAUUCA